AUAGAGUCAUGUUGUCUGAAAAGAUGUGAUUUGAACAAUCACCAGUUUCUGGCUCCGCCCCCGUCGCCUGCCCCUCUUUGGCUCAACCAGCUGUGCCGUCUCAGUGGACACAUCACCUCUCUGUCACUGUGAGUCUCUGCGGUCGGUUCUUUCUUUUGAAGAAAGCUAUCAUUUUGAUUAUUUUGUCGUCGUUUUUGUGUAGCUUCUAUUAAAUCUCUGAGGGGGACCAGCUCUCUUAUGCACCCGAAGGCCCAUUUUGGUGCUUUUAAAGGAUUCCGGCAGGGUUCAUCACCAUGAUUUGGAAGUAUUCAACUUUACAAAACUCAAGAGAAAACUAUUUGGAGGAGCUGCAGACGCUGUUUGAAAUCAGUGAAGAGCAUUUCAUUUGAUGGCCAAAUGAUUCUCCACCCUGUUUACUGAACAAUGGGGGAGCGUGGAAUACGGACGCGUACCUUCACCCUGGAACCUUUACGAUGAAUCAUGGAGGAAAGCAGUUCCUUUCUGAACCGUCUGCACAAUGACACCACUACUGUCUGGGCGCCGAUGCCCUCAGCUCCCAGCAGACACCUGGGCACCCUUCCCAACCCGCAGACACGCUUCAAGGAUCUGGCGGGGAUCUUUUUCAUGGUCACCCUGAACGUUCUGGCACUCUUAGCCAACGCUGCUGUUCUGGCCGUUGUCGUAAAAGCUCCCCACCUCAGGAAAUUUGCCUUUGUGUGCCACCUGUGUGCAGUGGACCUGCUGUGUGCCGUCCUGAUCAUGCCUCUCGGGAUCGUGUCCAGCUCCGCGUACUUUGCCGGCGUGGUGUUCACCGUGCUCGAGUGCCAGGUGUACGUCUUCCUCAACGUGGUGCUCAUGGCGGCCUCCAUCUUCACCAUCACGGCCAUCAGCGUGGAGCGCUACUACUACAUCGUCCACCCCAUGCGCUACGAGGUCAAGAUGACGCUGAAGCUGACCGCGGCCGUGUUGGUGGUCGUGUGGGUGGCGUCGGCGGUGCUGGGCCUGUCCACCGUGUUCGGGUGGCCGUCCUACGGCACGCUGAGCGCCAUGGGCGCCGCACACUGCUCGCUGUACUGGAGCCACAGCGACCACGGACGAGUCUUCUCCGUGUGCUUCGGCGUUACGUGUUUCUGCCUCCCCGCUGUGGUGAUUUUCGCCGUCUACUGUAACGUCUACAAGGUGGCCCGCGUGGCCGCCCGCCAGCACGGCCCUCUGCCCUUGUGGACAAACAGUCAGGUGAAGCAGCGCUCGGACUCCAUAAACAGCCAGACCACCAUCAUCACAACGCGCAACGCUCCGCGUAGGGUCACGCGCGACCGGCCGUUUGGUGGAGGUAAAGCCGCUCUCACCCUGGUGGUCAUUGUUGGGCAGUUUCUGAUCUGCUGGCUGCCGUACUUUGCCUUUCACUUAUAUCUGAUGCUCGACGCCACCCCCCACAUUCCCGAUGACCUGGAGGAAACCGUCUCAUGGCUGGCGUACUCGUCCUUUGCCAUCAACCCAUUUUUUUACGGGCUGCUCAACCGGCAGAUCCGGGAGGAACUUUGCAAGCUGAGGCGCUGCUACUCGGCCCGGCCGGCGGAGCUGCCCGUCUCCAGCCACGAGGGCUCGGGGCACGAGAACUUCCUGCAGUUCCUCCACAGGACCAGCUGCACAGUGGAGACGCAGGCGAGCUUUGCCCCAUCGAGUCCUAGAAGCACGCUGGAUCACACUGGGCAGACUGGUUUCAGGAUACCGGGACAGAUCCCUGAAGAGUUCAGUUAGAUGAACUCCACUUUUGUGGCACCAGCGUUAAUAUGAUAAUAUGAUGUAUUUGCAUGCAGUGGAAGUUAACACAGAGCAUCCCCGUUGUAAAGAUUACACUCAGAAACAACACAGAAAUAGAAAGCUAUGGACGGCGUUUCUUUAAUUAUUUUUCUGUUUGAAUUAAUACCGUCACGUUAUUAAUCUUAGAAGGAAUAUUUUGUAAUUAUAGCUACUGAAACAUAUAUUAUACAUUACAUAUAUUAUACUUAAAAUAACACAAAUACCAGAUUAUACUUGAAUAAGUGAUUGUAACAAUGUGAUCAGUGUACUAAUCUGCAGGUAAAUACUAAUUGAUAUCUACAUGUAUAUAAUGAGGAUGAGAGUAAGACGUCUUUCCUUAUUCACAAGUUCUUAAGACAACCUGUUUUACACAAGUUAUCAACAUGGCAGCAAUGGUCUUUGUACUACUUAUUCACUGUUAUGUUGCUUUUCUGUUGCAGUGUGAACCUUAUUUAAGAAGAAACAAAUUACGUUUCGUUGAAAAGUGUAUUGUUUCUUAAGCUUUAAAUGUGCAAAUAA